GGCUCUGGGAAGGGAUAGGCCGGGAGGCGGGUGGCUGCUUGCUGGAAGCAGCCACGGGUCAUGUGACCGGAAGGGCUCCCGACGGACGCCGUCCCUCCUCGGCGCCGCCUGAGUGCCCGGCCCGACCCCGGCCAUGGGGUGCUGCUACAGCAGCGAGAACGAGGACUCGGACCAGGACCGAGAGGAACGGAAGCUGCUGCUGGACCCUAGCAGCCCUCCUACCAAAGCCCUCAAUGGAGCUGAGCCCAACUACCACAGCCUGCCUCCCACUCGCACAGAUGAGCAGGCCCUGCUCUCCUCCAUCCUUGCUAAGACAGCCAGGGCAGACCGGCCUGACUGUCCACCCCCCUCCAUUCUCUUGGCCAGCACCCGCUUGGCUGUGCUGAGCAGCAGCCUGACCCACUGGAAGAAGCUGCCGCCGCUGCCAUCUCUCACCAGCCAGCCCCACCAAGUGCUGGCCAGCGAGCCCAUCCCCUUCUCUGACCUGCAGCAGGUCUCCAGGAUAGCUGCUUAUGCCUACAGUGCACUUUCUCAGAUCCGAGUGGACGCAAAAGAGGAGCUGGUUGUACAGUUUGGGAUCCCAUGAAGAGAGGGAUCCUUGGACAGCUCUUCUCUUCACCCUGUCUCCACCCUGCCUCCCCUGGCCCCCAGCCUCACUGCGGCUCACACAGUACCCUAACCUGCUACUAAUCACAGAGAAGAGUGUGGAGGAGAAGAGUGAGGCUGGAAGCCUCAGCAAGUGAGGACGGAGCAAGGGAGGGCAGAACCAUUUGGGACUGGCGUUCAUAGCCCUGGCCAGGGAUGAGGUGGGGAUCAAAAGGUUAGGGCCUAGUAGGUCUUCACCGUCACUGGGAAGGUGGAGGUACCACUGUGAGGGUGAUCCCUGGGGGGCUUAUCGGGGGCCCCUUCCCACCCUUUCUCUUGGCCUCACUCCUGUCCCCCUCUUCCUGACUUGGUGCUCACAUGCACCUCACGAGGGUUUGUGACCAGGGUCUGGACGAGCUUGAAUUUGAAUGAAUUGAGUUUGUAUUUCUAGCACCCUGGGUUUUUACAUGUUUGGGGUUUUGGGGUUUUGUUUUGGUUUGUCGCCCUCGAUAAAGGAAGUGUAUUCA